AUGCCCUCAUUUCCCACCACUCCUUUGGUCCGGCCUAGGGAAGAUGGCUUGCAGAUUAGCUAUCCGCUCUCCCAUCGCAUCCACACAGCCAAAGGCUACCCACUUCGGGCUCCGAAUGGCUCCUCGGUAAUUAUUUACGGCUAUGAUACCGGACUAAAGAUUGUGUGGAGAGGAGGCAAACGGUUUGCAGAAUUAAAGCCGAUUGAGCCUCAGGCGAAACCGAAGGCCGUAGGAAAUCAUCCGGAUCACGAUUCAGUCAUGAUCAUUGACUCCGAUGAGGAAGAGGAACCCGAACCAGUACAAGAAGAGCCCGUCGUUGAAUUCAGUCUGGAGGAAAGCGAAGUUGAUCCCGCAACACCGUACGAAGAGAUUUUGCGACAGAUCGAUAUCCCCCUUGGAAGCCGGGUGCUGGAUGUGGCGGUGCCUCGUGUUCUCCCGGAAGAAGCUCGCUCGCCUUUAGAUCCCUUCCCACCUAUCCUCAGAAGCACAAUCGUUGUGUCGGUAGUCUGUUCUGACCUUUCGACAAAAGUUGUAACUCUACCGCUUGUGCCUCCUCACCCUGCGCAGACGGAUCCCAAGAGCUGGCGCAUCCAAACCUUCACAGUCAAUGGGGCUACCACUCAUCAGGAUAUCCCACGCGGUGUAUCUAUUACAUUCACCUGCCAUGAAUUUGAAGAUGAGCAAGACCAGCGAAAGUCGCGAGGCCGAUUCGGAAAUUUUGGUAAAUGGGAUCUGCUUGUGGCCACUCAUUCUGCAGAGGGAUGUGGAGCGCUGUUGCUACACCGAAUUCCAAUUCGCGAAGAGUCCUCUUUCCGUCUUGUGGAAGAAGAUAUUGUGUCCCAGCGGCGCCUCUUGCCAGCGCCUGCACAGACGAUUGCCUUUAACCCAUCAACAUGGCCAUCCGUCCGCCAUGCCAAUCUUCUUGUCGCAUUCCCCAGCGGAUGUGUUAAGAUCUAUUCCUGCUUUGUCAAAAAGGCCUCGAAAUUCUCACGGCGGGCUUCGAUACCGCAAGAAGAUUACGAGACUAUCGACACGGAAGGGCGCUGGUUGAUCAGUCUGUACCCUGGCUUUGAGCAAGGACCCACUGGGCUUCCUCGGCGGAAGAGAAUCAUUGAUGCCGACUGGGUGCUAGGCGGCCGAGCAAUUAUGGUACUCCUUGAAGAUGGCGAAUGGGGCGUAUGGGAUAUCGAAGGCGCCGGCCCUGGUGCUGUGAAGGGCCCGCUGCACCGUCAGACGAGUGUCCAAGGUGUGACUGGCGGGUCAUUGACAGCAUACGCUGUCUGCGGCCGUAUCAUGACACCACUCUCCAACACCAAUUCCGAAACGGAGCAGCGACCCCGGUUCGCGCCUAUGACACCAUCCACGAGACGUGUACGCGAAGAUGGAUUACUGAAGGGAUCAAUGAGCACAGCCAGUCCGUCCCAUCGUGGCCAAAUCGCUGUCUUGCAGACGAAUCCAUCCUCAGACGCAUUGCCCGACGAGUCGAUCUUGCUCCGCCACGGCCGCCAGAGCGCGGUAAUCACGAGCUUACUUUCUCUGUGGCGCAAUGCUGUCAAAACCACCGGCACAUUUGAUUCAUCAAACCGAUGCCGCGUGUCUCCUUUCCAGGACGUGAACUUGAUGGGCCAGAACUUCCAGGCGAUUGGACACCUACCUGCACCAGCACGCCGAUCCCGGCAAGCAGAGCGACAAGCUUUCGAUGUACUUGUGGCAGCAGAACAUCAGAUCAUGAUUCUCGCCCCAAGGUUGACAGAACCCAUAGAGGAAAGUCUGCCUACAGUGAAACAGGAAGAAACAUCAGAGACCGACCAGCUGAUGCUUCGACGGGGAGAAUUGGAUGUGGAGGGCAUGGGCCGCCUAUUGAACGGUAUGGCCGGCGGAAACACGUCUAUGCGCAUGGGCAGCCCUGUAAAACGGACUCGUAUCUUCGCCUGA